GGAUUAGUGCACUGAAAUUGCCUCCUCUGCUCUGGGAUCUGGGCCAGGUGACUGAUUCUACAACUUUGAGAACAAUGGAAGGUAAAAAGACAAUCAUCUUUUUGCUGUCAUUUGUGACUUGUUCGCUGGCUAUUCCACGGGAGGAGUUUUAUUCCUUUGGACAAAAUUCAGGGGAUACGACUGUGCCCUCAAACGAUGAUGGAUCAACUGAACAGAUCACUCUACAGUUUGGCUCAUUCUAUUACUUCGAAAAGCAGUAUACUAACCUGUUUGUGAACACAAAUGGAGUUAUCUCCUUUGAUGCUGCAGUCUCAACUGUCACUCCUCAAUCAUUUCCGUUGUCCGGAUUGUUUCUGAUUGCCCCCUAUUGGGCUGACGUGGAUACAAAUGGAACGGGUACUGUGUACUACAGGGAGACGCGAGAUAACGAUGUUCUAAAACGAGCUAGAAACGAUGUAAUGACGUCUUUUUCAAGAAGAUUCCUUCCAAUUUUUGUUUUCAUUGCCACUUGGGAUAGAGUUGGACACACUGACCAGAUUGCAACAUUUCAGUGUGUGCUUAUGACAGAUGGAACUUCCUCCUUUGUCAAGUUCUUAUACGCUGAUGGUGAGAUGCAAUGGACAAAAGAAGAUGCCUCAGGGAGAACCAAUAGAUUUCGGGGAACCCUUGCACAAGUUGGAUUCAAUGCUGGUGAUGGGAAGAGGUUCUUUAGUGUGCCAGGCUCACUGACCAACAGAAUCAUGAAUAUUGAUUCCACUACCAAUGUGAACAUACCGGGCGUAUGGACAUUUCAAGUCAACGGUGAUAUUGCACGAUGCUCUGACCCUGAGGACAUGGAAAAUACUCCACUUGUGAUCACCCCAAGAGUUGGAAACAUGCUUGGAGGAACUGCAGUCUCCAUUACCAGCACAUGUUUAGAGGAAUUUGACAACAUAACUUGUCAAUACGAAGGAUUCGAUACAGUGGAUACCGAUGUGGGGCUUUUAGAGCUAGAUGGGAAUCCAACUGUUGUGGCUGUUUGUGUGUCACCGGCAUUUUUAGAACCUGGAUCGAAAACUCUUCGUGUCGUUGUCACAAAUAAGAAUGGGACGGUGAAGUAUGACAUUGGCACUCGAUUCUAUGCAGUACACAUUGAAGACAGUACUGAGGUACAGCACAAUUUGAACACUCAAGUCGUUCUUCCUCAAACCGGAAUCUUAAUAACUUGGAAUCCUUUUGAUCUUCUUCCCUCUCAUGCCGAAAACCCGUCCUUCUACACGGUCAAUAUCGUUCUUGUUGAGUUUGAUAUGAACACAGGAGAAUGGGAAGAUGUUGAGAUACUAGCAUCAGGUUUACCAAAUAUUGGGCAAGCAAAAUUAAUGUGGUAAUCCCAAUUCUCAGUGUGUGUACCAAUAAUAACAUGGCUGUACGACCAAUUGCAAUUCAAGUUAGGAUUGGAGAGUUUUCUGGAGAUGUACAACGAAGAAGGCCGAUUGUCCGGUUGUUGGUAAAUAGAGUCACUCUGUGGAC